AUGAGGUCGCUGCACAUCCUUUCGCGCCGCGUCUCUGCCGCCACCACCUCACAGAGAGCCUGUCUGCGCCAUUCGCGCUGCUCCCUCUCCACCUACGGCGACCUCACUGCGGCGGCCCUCUCCGAGGCCUCGUCGGAAGGCCCGUCCCUCGACAUGCUCGACGCGCUCACAGAAGCGUCGCCGCCGCAGCCCGUCUCGAUCAGCCAGAUGAUGCUCGCCUCGGGGCGCACCUCGCCCGCCGUCCGACUCGCCAACGCUCAGUUCCUCCGGCGAGAGCUGGCCUCGCGCCGCGCCCACGUGCUCUCUCUGCUCCGCACCAUGCCGCCGCCGCUCGCGUCGCAGCCGGCAGUCGCCCGGCUCUGCGUGCUGAACUGGCAGAGGCUCAAGGGUCUCCUCACUCUGCCCGAAUUGAGCACCGCCGACGACGAGAAGGCCUUUGCGGCUGCGAUGCUGGACCACUCUGCUGCGAUUGACGGCGAGAGCCGCCGCUGGCCGCACCUCUCUCCCGAGGAGGAGGCGCUGUGCGUGGACGCGCUGGGGACGCUGCAGCGAGAGCCGCACCUGGCCGUCGACAAGCAGCUCGACGCCAUCUUCCUCGCUCGCAUUGGGCUGCGGGUGCUGCACGAGCACUACAUUCGAGCCGUGCAGCCGCCGAGGCAAGGAUACGCCGGCGCCCGCGCCAUCCAGCUGGAGUGCUCCCCAGUCGCGGUCUGCGAGGAGGCGGCGGCGGCCACGCGCCAGCAGCUGCAGCAGAGGUACGGCGCCGCUCCGCCCGUCGAGGUGGUUGGCGAGCGAGGCCACUCCUUCGCCUUUGUGCCGGGGCACGUGCGGGCGGUGGUCGGCGCGCUGCUCUUCAACUCGAGCGUGGCGACGCUGCGGCACGCGGCGCUGGCGGCGGGCGGAGGGCAGCACCAGCAGUACAGCUUCAGCGGCGACGAGCGGCUGCCUGCGGUGCGCGUCAUCGUGGCGGGCGGCGACGACCUCGUCCAGGUCAAGCUUCUCGACCAGGCGGGCGGCAUCCGCCGCUCCUCUCUCUCCAACGUGUGGUCGUACCGCGCGCUCGACUCGGCGUGGUGGAGGCCCGCCGACGGCCUCUCCCUCCCCCUCACCCGCCUCUUCUGCCAGUACUUUGGCGGCUCGCUCGCGCUGGUGCCCGUCGAGGGGGUGGGCACCGACUGCUACGUCGCUUUCAACCGGCGCGCGGAGGACAACGUCGAGGUGAUCCUGCCGCGCGCACGCUUGCGCUCCAGCACGGGCGGCAUCUUCGACGCGCAGGAGCGCCGCGCGUGAGUGAGGCUGAGCGGGGGGGGGAGAGCGGAGAGCCGGCACUUGGAGCACAAUGCACUUGGAGUUCUGCUUGGAGUCCAAUAUACAUGUCUCAAUGAAAUCUAGAAGAGAUCGAAGUUCACUG